AUGUUGCAAUUGAUAAGUGGAUUGGUCACAAGUAUCAACAAUAGCAUCGAUUAUGGGUUAAGAAUUAUACUACACAUCCUAACAUUCAUAUUUUUGCUCAUCACUGUGCAAAAGAUACGAGUGAGGAAUCAAUUGCGUAUAGCACGACAGUGCAAACACAACAUUGAAGUAUUGAAUAAUCAUCAAGCAUAUAGUAAUACAGUCAAUGGAGUCAAUAAUAUAGCAAAUGGUGCACAAGUGUUACCCAUACUAGGAACAAGUAAUGAUCACUCCAAUGUACGUUUUACAUCUUCACAAACACAAGGGAAUUUCACAACUGCAAUAUCUAUUGGAGAAACCCACACAUAUAGCAAUGGUGGUGGUAUUAAUGUUGGUGGUGAAAGUGUUGGUAAUAAUGAAAAUCGACCAAAUCUACUUUCCACUACAACUGCUAAAUUACGGUCAAGUCUGUCUGGAAAAAAGAUUUCUCAAGCCUGGAGCACCAUUACUAAACGUAAUAAACUGAAUUCAGCACUUGCAUCAAAUACAAAUACAACUACAACUUUAGCAUCCAGUAUAUUACACACCAAUGAGCAAGUGCAACGACCACGUAUUUCUUCUACUUUUUCAUUUACCAGAAAAUUCAAACUAUCGCAUCUAAAACAAUUAAAACUGAAACAAAGAAUAGACAAUAAUCUUGUUGAUGAAGCCAAUAACCUUUUAAGAAACCCAGAUAAUUAUACUGUUUCCAGUAUAAAUCAAGCAGAUAGCUCUAUGUAUACUCCAACUAGCCUUAUCAGCUCAGUAGAUCUGCUGCUAUCUGGAAAUAGUACUGCACCACCACUGUUUGCAGAUGCAUUACAAUUGGAUCAGCCUCCACCAUAUUCACAAAGAGAUACUUUAUCUUCUGGAAUUAGUUUAAACACUAGUGAUGGAAAUAUAUACAAUAUGAGUCCCGAAGAACUUGAUGCUGAGAUUAGUAGACUUGAGCAAUUGGUGCAAAGUUGGAUAUAA